AUGCUGAGAACUAAAACUUUAGUCUUGAUCUGUGCUACUUUUGUAGCAUUUUCAUAUGCCAAUCAAAAUGAACAUAAUCAUUAAAAUCAUCAUAAUAGUAAUAGUGGUAACAGUGAUUCAUCUUCCCAAGGAUCAAUCAAAUCUAAGCUUUCUAAAACUAGUAAUGAUAAUACGAAUGAUAGCUCAAGCAAAUCGUCACAUUCUCAUUCAACUCAUCCCUCAUAAAGUCACACUUAAAGUGAUAGCAAUGGAGCUACACAUCAACACUCACAUCACAAUUCUCAAGGAUCAGACUCUGGAGAUGAUGAUCUGACAAAAGGAUGGCACCUACAGCAUCCUGAAAAGAAUGUGUAGUAUCCAACAAAUGCCAAGAAAAGAUCGGAUAGAUAUCAGAAAGAUACUGAUGGUACCGAGCAUUUUGAGGUGCAUAGUGACGAUAAACCAUUUGAGUAGGGGUCUAAAACAAAACCCAGAACUGAAAUGAGAAACCACAAUGACUACACUAGUGGUAAACAUCAAUUUUCUGCUGACUUUAAGGUGCCUAAGGGAACUAAUGGAGCUACAAUCAUGUAGAUAUUCGGAGGAGACAGAAGUUACACAAAGAAAAAUCCCCACUCCUCAUCAUUUAUGAUGCAAGUACAUGAUGGUGAUUUAACUUAUUAUAACAAAAAGUAACCCAUUGAAAAGAACAUUGCUGGCAAAUGGGAACAUGUGAAUGUCAUUCAUGAUGCUGACAAGCACAAAAUCGAUGCUUAUCUUAAUGGAAAGCCAGUCUUUCAUGGCAAGGAUAAUGGAAACGAUAAUCAUUACUUCAAGUAUGGAGUAUAUGGUCAAGAGGGUAUGUCACCAAAAAUGGAAGUGUACUACAAGAAUGUUAACAUUUAUGACAAGAAAAACAAACUCUUCUAUUAUAACUGA